GCAGGCGCGCCCUGAGCCGGCCCCUCCGCAGUAGGUGAGGCGCAGCAGCAUCCCGGCCGGCAGUCCCGCGCUCGCGCUCCCAGGGCCUCCUCUCCGACCGGCACGAUGGCGAAGCCGCUGACAGACAGCGAGAGACGGAAGCAGAUCAGCGUGCGCGGCCUGGCCGGGCUGGGCGACGUGGCCGAGGUGCGGAAGAGCUUCAACCGGCACCUGCACUUCACACUGGUCAAGGACCGCAACGUGGCCACGCCGCGCGACUACUUCUUCGCGCUGGCGCACACGGUGCGCGACCACCUGGUGGGCCGCUGGAUCCGCACGCAGCAGCACUACUACGAGCGCGACCCCAAGCGCAUCUACUACCUUUCUCUGGAGUUCUACAUGGGCCGCACGCUGCAGAACACCAUGGUGAACCUGGGCCUCCAGAGCGCGUGUGACGAAGCCAUCUAUCAGCUGGGCCUGGACCUGGAGGAGCUGGAGGAGAUAGAGGAGGACGCCGGCCUGGGCAACGGAGGCCUGGGACGCCUGGCAGCCUGUUUCCUUGAUUCCAUGGCCACCCUGGGUCUGGCGGCGUAUGGCUACGGGAUCCGCUACGAGUUUGGGAUUUUCAACCAGAAGAUCGUCGAUGGCUGGCAGGUGGAGGAGGCGGAUGACUGGCUGCGCUAUGGCAACCCCUGGGAGAAGGCCCGGCCUGAGUACAUGCUGCCCGUGCACUUCUACGGACGCGUGGAGCACACAGCUGAGGGCGUGCGGUGGCUGGACACGCAGGUGGUCCUCGCUAUGCCCUACGACACCCCAGUGCCUGGCUACAAGAACAACACGGUCAACACCAUGAGGCUGUGGUCUGCCAAGGCGCCCAACGACUUCAAGCUGCAGGACUUCAACGUGGGGGACUACGUCCAGGCCGUCCUGGACCGGAACCUGGCGGAGAACAUCUCCAGGGUGCUGUACCCCAAUGACAACUUCUUCGAGGGGAAGGAGCUGCGGCUGAAGCAGGAGUACUUCGUGGUGGCUGCCACGCUGCAGGACAUCAUCCGCCGCUUUAAGUCCUCCAAGUUCGGCUGCCGCGACCCUGUGAGGACCAGUUUCGAGACCUUCCCUGACAAGGUGGCCAUCCAGCUGAACGACACCCACCCUGCCCUCUCCAUCCCCGAGCUCAUGCGGAUCCUGGUGGACGUGGAGAAGGUGGACUGGGACAAGGCCUGGGAGAUCACCAAGAAGACCUGUGCAUACACCAACCACACGGUGCUGCCUGAGGCCUUGGAGCGCUGGCCGGUAUCCCUGUUCGAGAAGCUGCUGCCACGACACCUGGACAUCAUCUACGCCAUCAACCAGAGGCAUCUAGAUCAAGUGGCUGCCCUGUUUCCUGGGGACGUGGACCGCCUGAGGAGGAUGUCUGUGAUCGAAGAGGGUGACUGCAAGCGGAUCAACAUGGCCCACCUGUGUGUGAUCGGGUCGCAUGCCGUGAACGGCGUGGCGCGCAUCCACUCGGAGAUCGUGAAGCAGUCUGUCUUCAAGGAUUUCUACGAGCUGGAGCCAGAGAAGUUCCAAAACAAGACCAACGGCAUCACCCCCCGCCGGUGGCUGCUGCUGUGUAACCCGGGGCUGGCAGACGUCCUUGUGGAGAGAAUCGGAGAGGGCUUCCUGACAGACCUCAGCCAGCUACGGAAGCUGCUGCCGCUGGUCAGCGACGAGGCCUUCAUCAGGAAUGUGGCCCAAGUCAAGCAGGAAAAUAAGCUGAAGUUCGCCGCCCUCCUGGAGAAGGAGUACAAGGUGAAGAUCAACCCCUCCUCCAUGUUCGACGUGCACGUGAAGCGCAUACACGAGUACAAGCGGCAGCUGCUCAACUGCCUGCACGUCAUCACCCUGUACAACCGAAUAAAGAAGGACCCAACUAAGGCCUUUGUGCCCAGGACGGUGAUGAUCGGGGGCAAGGCAGCUCCCGGCUACCACAUGGCCAAGAUGAUUAUCAAGCUGGUCACGUCCAUCGGCAGUGUUGUCAAUCAUGAUCCAAUUGUAGGAGACAAGCUCCGAGUGAUCUUCCUGGAGAACUACCGGGUGUCCCUGGCUGAGAAAGUGAUCCCAGCCGCCGACCUGUCACAGCAGAUCUCCACUGCGGGCACCGAGGCCUCAGGCACCGGCAACAUGAAGUUCAUGCUCAACGGGGCGCUCACCAUUGGCACCAUGGAUGGCGCCAAUGUGGAGAUGGCUGAGGAGGCAGGCCCUGAGAACCUCUUCAUCUUCGGCCUGCGAGUGGAGGAGGUCGAUGCCCUGGACCGAAAAGGAUACAAUGCCAGAGAGUACUACGAGCGCCUGCCUGAGCUGAGGCAGGCCGUGGACCAGAUCAGCAGUGGCUUCUUUUCCCCCAAGGACCCAGAGUGCUUCAAGGAUGUGGUCAACAUGCUGAUGUACCAUGACAGGUUCAAGGUAUUUGCAGACUACGAAGCCUAUGUGCAGUGCCAGGCACAGGUCGACCAGCUGUACCGGAACCCCAAGGAGUGGACCAAGAAGGUCAUCAGGAACAUUGCUUGCUCAGGCAAGUUCUCUAGUGACCGGACCAUCACUGAAUAUGCACGGGAGAUCUGGGGUGUGGAGCCCUCCGACCUGCAAAUCCCGCCCCCCAACAUCCCCAAGGACUAGGCAUCCCUCCGGGCAGGGCCAAGGGCUUUUGUUGGGCUGUGUUUGCAUUAUCAUGCCAGCGUUCAAGCACUUUGCCAGUGGCCAGAGGCCCCUGCUUUUUUCCUUGCUAUGUUCCCUAGAGGGGCUAACAGGUGGUUUGGAGGAUCAGGCAAGGAAAAGAGGUGCCCAGGAGCCUGAGAGACUCUCCUGGUUUCUUGUAAGGAAAGCAGAAUUUGAAGUGAGUGGUGCUGCCAGCACCACAGAGGAUGGCCAGGAGGCGGAGCUGCCUUUGAGGCCCCCUGAAGCCUUCGCACAAAUCUUGCUGUGAGCUUAGGUCUAUAGUUUUGAGCCUCUUGAUUUUGGGUCUGGGCAUGUGGCCGGCAUGAAGGCCAGGGACCGGUUUCCAUAGCACCGGGCCACUAGAGGCAGCUCCUCGACACAGCCCACUCCCUGUCCCGCGCUGGGCUGUGCACACUGCCCUUCAUAGCCAUCCUGGCACCAUGUGGGUGCUUGGGGCCCAGGGUGAGCAGGAGCAGCAUGGAGAUGGGGGGAACCUCUGCAGAGACCUCAGUCAAGACACGUCUUGCUGAUACAGGGUUACCUUUUUAUUUUUCAAAAGAAAAACUUCACAAGCAAAUAAAACUAGCUAUAUCCUUCCCUGUUCAUGCGUGGUCAGCCUGUGUCUAAGAGAGGCUGCGUGGACUCUCUGCCUGGCUGGAGGGGGUUAGCCACUGUCCUUGGAAGAAUGGCCAGUGUUGCUCCAGGGCCUAGGUGUACUUCCUGACAUACACAGGAAGCAGCCUGGUCAGCCUGAACAAGGGCUGGUGGCUGGAGGGGCAGGCAUUUCUGCCCACAUCAUAGCCAGCGGAGAAGUAAGGUCGAACUCCUAAAGCCCCCCAUCCUGAGGAGCCUGCUGUGGGGCAGAAUCUGAGGCCCUGCCUGUCACUGUGGUUGGAGAAAGAGAAUCACCCAAGGCUCUGCCAGCCUGCAUGUUGGAGCUGGACUCUGGGCCAGCUCUUCCUGCCUUCCCAGGCCUGCAGGGCCCGUUGGGAAGGGCUUCAUCAGAACCACUGGGGUCUUUAUGGGUCAUGUUCACCUGCUGCUUGUGCUGGCUCUGCGCAGAGGCCGUACUCCCUGACCUGCUGUGUGUGACCCCGCCUGUGUGUGCUUCCUGUCUACUGUGAGAAACUGAUUAAACUUCUGUACCCGUG